UUAGAGCGCACUCACGUGACCUGUUGCUACGGUGACACGUAACGCGCCGCAGCGUACCUGACGCUUGGAUCGUGAGCAGUGAUGCCUACACGGAUAGAGCAGCUCUCCAGGGCCAAACCAAACCUUCUCAAGUUCCCUGACAGGCGCUCAGUAUACUGGCUUGAUGAACUACCAACUAGGUCAAAGAGCACCACUACUGCCUUUGAACUGACUCCUCGCUUGGAGCAGCUCGCCCAGAGCAAAGAAUCAAGCCGUUUCAUUGAGGAGAGCAGAAGGUCACCGGAGUGGAUGGUUAGUGCAGCAGCGCUAAAAGCAUGUCCUUCUGAAAGAGUGUGUUCACUGGCACUGCCUCGUAUGCCAGCUGAUGGAUGGCAGCCUGAACGCCCUCUGCUGGCCACUUUAAGUGUUGCAGUUAAAAAUGCCAAGCCGAGUUCAAGAAUAUGUCAGCUGGCGCAACCAAAGCGGGCGAAGACGCUAUUGACAUACUGCAGCGUUGAUUCAAGCGCCCACGCGAUCAGCGUUCCCAUCACACCCUCAUCACGCAUACGACAGCUGGCCUCUCCUAAGCAGGUCCAUGCACAGCACUCUCUCGCGAGGCCUGUUUCUUGGCCGGUUCCAAAUCAUGUUCUGAAGGCUGUAGCCAGUGAGAGGCUGCAGAAAAUGGCUCGACCCAAGACCCGUCAGGCCCUGUUUGAGGGGUACGACCCCUACCGGGUCACUCCUGCCGCUCGGGCCGCCACCGCGUCCCCCAGACUGCUGGAGCUGUCUUUACCCUUACCACGCAAAUGUAAAGGCCAAUAAACAAUCAUCCCGCCAUCCUUAGUCAAGCUCUUUCAGUAAACGAUUUUUUUAAUGUUUUUGGAAAAAAGGCUUAAAUGCUCUGCAUUUAGUUGAUUAAAAUACAACCUUUUGACUGUAGUGUAGUUUUUUUCCCCCAAGAAGUACACUCAUAAUGUCAGUCUAAAAUAAGCAUGUUUUGAGUUCUGAAAGUCAAAGUUGAAGUUGAAGCUUUCACAUUUACCAAAACAUUUCAAGUCAGAAAACAUUCUGAAAUACAAUGCUUUGAAGGCACUUCAUGUCAACAUGAAAUGUAUUCAUGUGUGGUAAAUGAGAUAUGCUCAAUGCUCAACAGGUUACUGCAGAUCUGAAAAUUCCCCCUCCAGCCUUCAGGCUAACAUAGUGCUGUAGGUUACAUUGACUCUU